UCUUCCCCAAGAGAAGAGUGGGCAAUUAAACUUUCUCCUCUCUUUUUUUCUUUAUCUCUGCUAGUUUUCUGACAACUUAUAGUAUUUAUGAUAUCAAGAGCAGGGUGAAAAUAGGUGAUGUGAUACUAGAAGCUCAAAAAAGAAAAAAAUUCAAGAUUUCAUAAAGGAUUUAUCCCUUCCCAUAUUAGAAUGUUUUAUCUGUAUCACUACAGCUCCUUCCAUUUGCCUUAUGACCCACAUUUCAUAGUUAGCAAUUAAAGCAAAGGAAAUGUGGAAAACAUUUGCUGCUGCUGCUUUAUGCCCUGGUCAGUGGUUGCAUCUGCUUCUUGUGGAUUCUUGGCAUUCACGUCCAUUCUUGUGGAUCUUGGCAUGAACAGCUUAUGGGAGGUAGCAGUGUCAAGAGUUCUAGAUGCAUUCACACCCAUACAGAAUAAAAGAAGCAAUCCAGUCAAAGUAAGGUUGAGAUCCUGUAUUCCUUACAUUCAGUGCCCAGUGCAGGCAGCACAAUUUCCUUUUAGUAUUGCAUUUUUUUGCCUAGAAAUCGCUUUCUUUAUAUAAUCUAUUCCCUUACUCCCUCCUUCCCUUUCUCUCUUCUUUUUUCACAUUUCAAGUUUCUCUUGUCUGUCUUUAUGGGUAGUUUCUAUGAAUAGGUAGGUGGAUAGUUAAGUAGAGUUUGCUCUGGUUGAGUUUGCUUUGUUUUGGUCACGUUUUAAAAAAAUUUUUUUAAGAAAAAAGGGAGAGAAAGACCAAGCUCGACUAACAGUAUAGAGUUGAUUCAAACUGACUAUCCUAAAGAGAAUACUGACUAUCCAAAUACUGUCUACCCAAAAGAGAAAAGGCAGUCUUGCGGAAAGGGCUGCCCCCCAGGAGAUUCGGUAAUGGCAGCUCAGAAGAUCCACAGAAUCAGAGAUAGUUACGCUCCGAAAAGGCGCCUUUAAGCAAAUACAGAAUUGUGUAGUAGAGCGCUCUAGGUUUGGAAGCAUUUCGGCUCCAGGAAGGCGGGGUUACGAAAUUUAUUCUGGGACGCUGUGAAGUACAAUCCACACGCUCAGUAUAGCAGCCAGCACUUCCGCCCUGGGAAGGCGACGAGGUGCCUGGGAAUUCUGGGAAGUGUAGGCCGGCAACACCGUAGUUGGAUAACUUCCGCUACAGGAGGAUGAGGCUGUGUCCCUGCUCCCGUUGGGAAUUCUGGGAAGCGUAGUCCAGGAGGUCUCUGUAGGCAGAGUCACUUCCGGCCCAGGUACGCGAGGCCGCGGCCUUCUUUCCUCUCGGAAAGGUCUCUGCCUUUCCCCAGGAAACAGAGAAGAUGAUCAAGUUCCAGGAGCCAGUGUCCUUCAAGGACGUGGCCGUGGUCUUCACCGAGGGGGAGCUGGGGCUGCUGGACUCUGCCCAGAGGAAGCUGUACCGAGACGUGAUGCUGGAGAACUUCCGGAACCUGCUCUCAGUGGGGAAUCAGCCCUUCAAACCGGAGCUUAUAUUCCAGCUGGAGAGAGAAGAAGAGCUUUUGAUGAUGGAGACGGAGACCCAGAGAGAUGGGUGUUCAGGAACCAAGAGUCAACAUAAUAUGGAAAGUAUUCAAGAAGUGGGAUUAAGCUGCCUUUCCCCCAAAGAGCUUUCCACCUGGCAGACCUGGCAACAAGGUGCAGGCAGGUUAACUGGGUGUCAAGAUUCGAUGAAAAUUUUUCAAGAGAAUAUUUCUCAGCUGCAAAAACAAGGCAAUUCCCCCUGCCAAGUUUGGGCAGGAAUACCGAUUCAGAUUUCUGAAGAUGAGAACUACGUAUUGACUCAUAUAGGAGAUGGGUCCCAUGACGUAAAAAGUCAAGAAUUUCCCUCUUGGAGAGCCCAGCAUUCCUGGAGGAAAAUGUAUCUUACAGAGUCACGUAAUUAUCAGUGUAGAUGUCAGAAAAUUUCCAUGAAAAAUGAUUUCUGUGUGUCUGAAAGUAUCAGUUGGAUCUCACAUCACAAUGAUAAUCUGGCUGUACACAGAACAGAAAAAAUCUAUAGCUGCCAUGACUGUGGAGAAGAUGUCAUGAAGGUUUCAUUGCUUAAUCAAGACUUAAUUCAGACAGGGCAAAAGCCCUACCCUGGUAAUGAGUACAGAAAAGCCUUCAACAAUGACUCCAGUUCUGAAGUUCUUCAGCAGUUACACUUAGAAGGAAAGCCCUGUACCUACAGUCCAUGUGGAAAGGACUGUAGUUACAGUUCAGUUCUUCAUACUCAUCAAAGUGUUUGUAGAGGAGAUAACUGUGUUUCUGAGAGUUCACAUCUGCAAUGCCAUCAGAAAGUACACGCAGAGGAGGUGCCAUUUAAAUAUGAAUAUGGUGAGAAUGUCAAUCAGUGUUCCUCUCAUAACACAUAUGAACUUACUCACACAGGAGAGGUGUCCAACAGAUGCAACAUUUAUGAGAAGGGCUUCAGUCAUAGCUUAGACCUUAGUAGUAGUUUUAGGGUCCAUACUGAGCAGGAGCCCUAUGAAUUUGAGGAGAAUGGGAAUGCCUUUAACCAGAAUUCUUGCCUUCGAGCCCAUCAGAAAAUCCAAACUGAAGAGAAACUAUACACAGAUGUGGAGUGUGAGAUGGGUUUCAUUUGUAACUCAGAUUGUAACAUUCAGCACAGAGUUCACAUGGAAGAGAUUCCCUAUAAUUCUGAGGUGUGUGGUAAUGGCUUCAGUCUGGCCUCACAUUUUCAAGACCUUCAGAUAGUCCACACUAGGGAACAACCAUAUAAACAUUAUACAUGUGGUAACAGCUUCAGCCAAAAUUCAUAUCUUCAAGGCCAUCAGAAAAUUCACAUUGGAGAGAAACCUUACAAGGAGUGUGGGAAUGGCUUCAAUUGGAAUUCAAAACCUAAAGAUCAUCAGAGAGUCCACACUGGAGAGAAGCCAUACAAAUGCAACGCAUGUGGUAAAGUCUUCAGUCAUAGAUCAAUUCUUAAUGUUCAUCAAAGGGUCCACACAGGAGAGAAACCUUUUAAAUGUGAGGAGUGUGAUAAGGGAUUCAGUCGGAGUUCAUACCUUCAAGCCCAUCAGAGAGUCCACACUGGAGAGAAACCAUACAAGUGUGAGGAGUGUGGGAAGGGAUUCAGUCGGAGUUCAUACCUUCAAGGCCAUCAGAGAGUUCACACUGGAGAGAAACCAUACAAGUGUGAGGAGUGUGGGAAGGGGUUCAGUCGGAGUUCACACCUUCAAGGCCAUCAGAGAGUUCACACUGGAGAAAAACCAUUCAAGUGUGAGGAGUGCGGGAAGGGAUUCAGUUGGAGCUUUAAUCUUCAAAUUCAUCAGAGGGUUCACACAGGAGAGAAACCCUAUAAAUGUGGAGAAUGUGAUAAGGGCUUCAGUAAGGCCUCAACUCUUCUGGCCCAUCAGAGAGUCCACACAGGAGAGAAGCCAUACCAAUGUGAUGAGUGUGGUAAGAGCUUCAGUCAGAGAUCAUACCUUCAAAGCCAUCAGAGUGUCCACACUGGCGAGAGACCAUAUAUAUGUGAGGUAUGUGGGAAGGGCUUCAGUCAGAGAGCAUAUCUUCAAGGUCAUCAGAGAGUCCACACCAGAGUGAAGCCAUACAAAUGUGAGAUGUGUGGGAAGGGCUUUAGUCAGAGCUCACGCCUUGAAGCACAUCAGAGGGUCCACACAGGAGGGAAACCGUACAAAUGUGAGGUGUGCACAAAGGGUUUCAGUGAAAGUUCACGCCUUCAAGCACAUCAGAGGGUCCACACAGAAGGGAGGCCCUAUAAAUGUGAACAGUGCGGUAAGGGUUUCAGUGGGUUUUCAAGUCUUCAAGCCCAUCACAGAGUCCACACUGGGGAAAAGCCAUACAAAUGUGAGGUGUGUGGUAAGGGCUUCAGUCAGAGAUCAAACCUCCAGGCUCAUCAGAGAGUCCACACGGGAGAGAAACCAUACAGAUGCGAUGCAUGUGGUAAGGGUUUCCGUUGGAGCUGGUCUUCUAAUUCAUCAAAGAGUCCAUAGUGGUGAUACAUUCUAUAAAAGUGAAGAGUAUGGUAAGGAUUAUCUUUCUUCAGAGAAUCCAUACAAAAGUGAAAUUCUGUAAAAUGGUAUUCUAUUGCGUUCUGAAGUCCUCAA